AAUCACUUUUACUGCAUAGAUGCAGUGCUAGUCUAACUGCAUAGAUUGCAUCCCUGAUAAGCUGCACAGGCUGCAUAGACUGAAUGGUAAUGCAUAGACUGCAUAUCAAUCAGCCGUGGUUGUUCAUGUGGCCGCUCGCCACAGGGGCUAUCAGUUCGGUAAAGUGAUUAAUAUAUUGAUCCCUAAAGCGGUACUGAUUAAAAUAAUGGGCAAAGCGAAGUAUAAAAGCAAUGUUAAUAGGUAAAAGUUUUAGUGCUCUUACGGAAACCUACAACAUUGAGCCUGGGCAUAGUACUGCAAAUCAAAUCCCAAGACCUUGCAAUCCAUAAAAUCUGCAGAACGAGGUUAUUAUACGACAGCGAUUACGCGCUAUCGUCGUCACUUUUAUGACAAUGCGGCGAUCUUGCCUUUGUGUACUUUUGGGGCUAGCCGCGCUUAUUGUCCCUGAUGUAGUGUGGUGCAAUGGAUCUACUGUGGAGAAUGAGGGUCCGUCGCCGAAUCCUGCGUGUUACUACGUGCGGAGGGAUACGGGUGACCUUCAUCUUACUUGCCGAUCUAACGGGCUCAUGAUCCCGGAUGACUUUGACGUGGCCAGAAUUCGAAAAGACGUGCAAACUCUUUCCAUCGGGGGCAACUCUUACGAUGCCUUCCUGUCAUCCAGCGCACCACCGCUGCCGGCCGACCUCUUGGCUCUCCAGCACGUUGAACUAGCAUAUUUCGUUAUCGAGAGAAACUCUAGCAUGGUAAUCAAGCGAUUCCUCAACAACGUCAAAGGCCGCCUACAUUCCCUAAGCGUCUUCGACAGCAAAGUGACUUCCCUGGACGACGGGUUUCUCCAGGAUUCUCGCAGCUGCGGGAGUUGGAUUUCACCAAGAAUCAUAUCUCGAUCAUCAGCAAGACCGCCUUCCAACGGGAGACCACCGGGCCGUCGCUCAAUCUCCGGUUGGGGAGAAACCGACUGGAGAGCCUGGACUGGACCGUUUUCCAGCCGAUUACCAGCAGCAUCGGUGAUCUGGAGCUGGACUAUCAGGAUCCGGGACUGAAAUCCGUCCACUGCUCCACCACGUUCCGCUUCCCUCAAUCUAUCGGUCGUGUGCUGUUGACCAACAACCAACUGGAGUUCUUGCCGCAGUGCAUGCUGGACUCUCUUAACAUCUUUGACGGCCGCAUUCACAUGAAGGUAGACAAGAACCCCUUCUGCCCAUCGGACGGAACGUGCGCUUGUCCCGCUAUGCAGCCGUUUCUGCACUUCCUCUGCGAUUUCGCUACCAGCGACUGGGACUACGGUCUGAACUUCACAUGCGGCACGCCCUUCACAUCCAGUCAGCGCUGGUGGAGCCCGAAACAACUGCCGCCCAACGUUACUUGCAGAAUGAAGGACAGUCGCUGGUGCAAACGAACGCCUUGCUGGUGGUAGCUACAGCAUUGCUGUUCGGUGUUCUACGUGCAAAUUGGUGUUUGUGACCACUGCAUGGCGGCAUUCGACAGCUCAAGUUCGAAUGCUCUUCUUGUGCUUCGUUAGA